AUGGCUCUCUCCUAUGGCCCAGUCUUUGCUGCUGUGGUGGACCAGUUUGGACAACAUAUAAAAUCAGAUGUGCACUUGAAUUUUUAUGUUUAUUAUGGUCCUGAUCGUAUUAGAGACCCUGCUUUGCUUUCAAAACAGGAUAUUGUUUUGACUACUUACAAUAUUUUAACUCAUGAUUAUGGAAUGAAAGGUGAUAGUCCAUUACAUAGCAUAAGGUGGCUAAGAGUAAUCCUGGAUGAAGGACAUGCCAUACGAAAUCCAAAUGCUCAGCAGACUAAAGCUGUGCUUCAUUUAGAAGCAGAAAGAAAAUGGGUAUUGACAGGUACUCCAAUUCAGAAUUCUUUAAAGGACUUGUGGUCUCUUCUUUCCUUUUUAAAACUAAAACCAUUCCUUGAUAGAGAGUGGUGGCAUAGAACAAUACAGCGACCUGUCACAAUGGGAGAUGAAGGAGGACUUAGGCGUUUACAGUCCCUAAUUAAAAAUAUUACACUUAGAAGAACCAAGACAAGCAAAGUUAAAGGCAAACCUGUUUUGGAGUUGCCAGAACGUAAAGUAUUUAUUCAGCAUAUUACACUUUCAGAUGAAGAGAGAAAGAUUUAUCAGUCUGUGAAAAAUGAAGGCAGAGACACUAUUGGAAGGUAUUUUAAUGAAGGGACUGUCCUUGCUCACUAUGCAGAUGUCCUGGGUCUUCUGCUCAGAUUGCGGCAGAUCUGUUGUCAUGCUCACCUUCUUACCAAUGCAGUGUCUUCUAGUGGUCCCUCAGGAAAUGAUACACCUGAAGAACUACAAAAAAAGUUAAUAAGAAAGAUGAAGUUAAUUCUGAGCUCAGGUUCCGAUGAAGAAUGUGCAAUUUGCUUGGAUUCAUUAACAGUUCCUGUCAUAACACACUGUGCACACGUCUUCUGUAAACCCUGUAUUUGCCAAGUCAUCCAGAAUGAGCAGCCACAUGCUAAAUGCCCUUUAUGCAGAAAUGAUAUACAUGGAGACAAUUUAUUAGAGUGUCCUCCAGAAGAACUGACAUGUGAUACUGAGAAAAAGUCUAACAUGGAAUGGACAUCUAGCUCGAAGAUCAAUGCCCUAAUGCACGCAUUGAUUGACUUAAGAAAGAAGAACCCCAACAUAAAGAGUUUAGUUGUUUCUCAGUUUACAACGUUUCUGUCUUUAAUAGAAACACCACUCAGAGCCUCUGGAUUUGUGUUUACUCGUUUGGAUGGUUCAAUGGCCCAAAAGAAAAGAGUUGAAUCAAUUCAGUGUUUUCAAAACACUGAGGCAGGAUCUCCAACUAUAAUGCUUUUAUCCUUAAAAGCAGGUGGAGUUGGUUUGAAUCUUUCUGCAGCUUCUCGAGUGUUUUUAAUGGACCCAGCCUGGAAUCCAGCUGCUGAAGAUCAAUGCUUUGACAGAUGCCAUAGACUUGGCCAGAAGCAAGAAGUCAUCAUCACAAAAUUUAUUGUGAAGGACUCUGUUGAAGAAAAUAUGCUGAAAAUACAAAAUACAAAGAGAGAACUUGCAGCUGGAGCCUUUGGAACAAAAAAAACAAAUGCCAGUGAAGUGAAACAAGCUAAAAUUAAUGAAAUCAAAACUUUAAUUGAUUUAUAAUUUGUGGGAUUUUGGUAAGAUUGGCUUGAUCAGAUAUAUAGUUGUUUUAGAAAUGAGAAAAAUACAGUUUUAGAAAUGAGAUCUCGUGAAUAUAUCUUCUAGAAGGGGCAUGUUUUUUGGUCAGUGAAGUAGUAUUACUGAUACAUAAUCUCUUCUAUAUAUGAACCUAUAUUUUAAUGAUAUUUCAAAUAGCAGUAAGUUCUGUUAUAUACUGUGGCCUGAAAGAAUUUUUUUGAGAAAAAAAGUUAUUGUUAUUCAAGUUUUCAUAGUAUCUCUGCUGAGUAUUUUCAUAUAUCUUGUAAGUACUCAGCUUUUUCAUAUUUCAAAUAAGGUCGAACCUUUUAUACUUUUGACCAAAUAAAGAGUUAUUUUCUAUGUUGGACACAUUUGGUUUUCCAUCAGUCCUCCUGUUUGUGAUGCAAUGGAUUCAAUAGUCCUUGUAAGCUAUUCAUAUAUACACAGUCUAUAGAAAAGAUUGGUUUUAUUGGACUUUCAAAGAGCAUAUUUGCAUUCCAGAACCAAACCUUAAAAUGAGAGACCAAAGUCCAAGUUAGUAAUUUACUUAUAAUUUUUUUUACAGUUUCAUUGAGAUAUAAUUUAUAUAAGUGAUUUGCAGUUUUAUGUUCAUGAAAAAGAUUAGGGACUGUGUUAGAGUACUGUGUUCUCCAUUUUAGUCAGGUACUGUUCAUUGCUUAAAUGUAACUUGAUGUGUUAGUGUGUAAAUAUGGUCUGUGGGGGUGAAAGGGAGCAAAUUCUACCCAAUUUGAUUUAAAUUAUGGAAUUGCUGAAUGGAUAUUUCUAUAUAUAGAUAACUUUUAUUUAUGUAGGUUUUUUUAAAAAAAUAACUUUAUACAUUUUUAUAAUUCUGAAGACUACUAUAUGUGAGAGGUACAAUACCUAGAUGGAAGUUGGACUGGAUGACCUCCAAAAUAAUUUUGACUCUUAAAGACAUCUUAGUCCUGAAAGGAAAAAUGUCUUUGUUAUUGUGUUUAGAAUCAGAAUUUGUGUUUGGACCUUCAAUAAUUCAUCCUUCCAUCUAUCUACAGAAUUUAUCAUCUUUCUGUUACUUUUCUGUUAAUCAAACUCAUAGUAGUUGCCAUAGAAUUCUAGAUGAUUCUUUGAAUCACAUUUAAAAUACUUAAGCUAUAAUUCAGCAAUCAGAUUAGGCAAUCAGUGUUGUUUUUCCCUUAAGGGAAACUUUUUUUUUUAAUUCAAAGAAAGAAGAGAUUAAUUACUGUAAUAAGAGAAGCUUUAUGUUUGAUGAUCCAGACUAGAAAACACCUUAUAUUUUACUUGUAGUGCUAGAAGUGACUUGACUGAAAGAUAGGAAAUUGAGGCAAUAUUGUGUUCUGGGGCACACAUCUAAGGUUUAUACUAAAUCUAUUAACAGCUAAGUCCUCUCUUUCCUGCGUCCUGUCUCUUGCUUUAAGGAAACAGUGGGUUAGAUUGCAAGAAUUUUUCCAGUUUCUUUUCUCUUUGGCAGUAGGUGAGGUAGGGCUGAUGAAAAGGGUCAGCAGACCUUUCUACAGGGACAAGAGUGGACAGGGACACUAGCAUUAAGGAGCAAUGGCGAAGUUCUUUACAUUAUGGGACUAGCAUUAUACAAAAAAUUGGGUGGAUCAAAAUCUCAUCAAAUAGAGUAAGUGGAUUCUCUCUAUACCAGUUCUUCAGAGAGAGUAAAUAUAAAAGGAGUCGACAAAAAAACAAUACAGCCUAACUCUUCUGGCUUACAAAAGUAAAGUCUUGCAAGCUCACUAUAGAGGUGAAGACUGCUGAUUCUUUACCCAGACAUUUACAUACUUGUGUUUUUAAACACAUUCAAAAUAAAUUUGGCGAGUCAUUUAAAAAUACCUUUCUGUUUUUGUAUAGUUCUAUUAAAUGGUGUUAAGUAAAAAACAAGUUUAAUC